AUGGGCCAUCAGCAGCUCUACUGGAGCCACCCCAGGAAGUUCGGUCAGGGCUCCCGCUCCUGCCGCGUGUGCUCCAACCGCCACGGCCUCAUUCGCAAGUACGGCCUGAACAUGUGCCGGCAGUGCUUCCGCCAGUACGCCAAAGACAUCGGCUUCAUUAAGCUGGACUGA